AUGGGUGUCCCCGACCAAAACGUCGCCAGCCCAAUGGCGGAAAAGACCGAAAAGUCUCCUGUUGUGGUCGCUGUACAUGCCAGCGACCCUGACGAUACGUCAAAACCCCCAUUUACCGAUUUCAAGUCAUCCCACCCAUUCUUCAAGCUUCCCCCCUCUCAGCUCGCAACGCCAAACGAGUGCGAAGGUCUGCGCUCCGGCACCCUGUCGGGGCUAUCGUCGCCGACUGGUCUGCUCGGCUUCUCUCCCACAAGGCACAUCCAGAGCAGCUGGAGGAUAAGAGGACAAAAACCCAAGCCGCUAGAGGAGGACCCACUAAUAAGGAGUGAAUACUUUGACGACCAAAGGUCCGAUACGCUAUGGGUUGAGGAGGAGGUGACCAUCUCGGAUGCGCCACGGCGGCGAAAGGCUCGCAAGUGGGCUAUAUGCGGAACGGUUUGCGGCAUCACAUUACUGAGCGUUUUGCUGGUUAUCAACGGUCUGCUAUUCUUCUCACGACGGGUAUGGGAUCACGAAGAUGACCCAGAUGCGAUAUUCGCCGACUGGGGAAGGGUGGGGAGCGGCACUGAAGGGCGAGCUUGGUACCCGACCGAUUUCCUGCGCGAUGUGCAGCCCAUCUCAUGCCACUCGCACAACGACUACUGGCGCAAGGUGCCUCUCUUCUCGGCUCUGCAUGCGGGCUGCACCGGAGUCGAGGCCGACGUGUGGCUUUUCCCGGACCGCGGCAGCGAUCUGUUCGUCGGGCACGACACGGCCGCCCUGCAGCCCAACCGAACGUUCAGGUCGCUUUACGUUGACCCGAUAGUCAAGAUCCUGGAGCACCAGAACCCAUCGCACCAGUUCUACAAUGACUCGCGCCGUGGCGUGUUCGACGUGGACCCUUCUCAGACACUGACGCUGCUGGUGGAUGUCAAGACGGGCGGGGCUGAUACGUGGAAGGAGGUCGUGAAGCAGCUCGAGCCGCUUCGGGUCAGGGGGUGGUUGAGCGAGUUCAAGGACGGCAAGGUCUCCUACGGGCCGGUGACGGUGGUGGGGACGGGCAACACGCCAUUCGAUCUUGUGACGGCCAACGCGACGCAGCGGGACUAUUUCUACGACGCGCCUCUGGACCGGCUCGAGGACGGCAAGUACGACACGACCAACUCGUACUACGCCAGCGUGCCGUUUAAGCAGUCGAUCGGCAACGUGUGGUUCGGCGGGUUGAGCGACUCGCAGGUGCGCAAGAUUCGGGAGCAGGUCAAGUCGGCGCACGACAGGGGGCUCAAGGUUAGGUAUUGGGACAUUCCGGCGUGGCCGAUCCACGUCAGGAACAGCAUCUGGGACAGCCUGGUCAAGGAGAGUGUUGACAUGCUCAAUGUGGAUGACCUCAGGGCGGCGACGAGGAGGGAUUGGACCAAGCUAAUGUGGCUAUUUUGA